AUGACAUUCUACUUAUUUGUAGGUGGACAUACAAAUUUUAAUUAUAAGACCAAUGCAGGUAUCCAUUAUGCUAAAGGUGGUGCAUCUUCAGAUAUAAGAUUAUCUGUGAACAAUAACUUUGACUGGUAUGAUCCCUUAUCAUUAAGGUCAAGGAUUAUGGUGGCUGCUGGUGGAGGAAGUUCUGAAUCGCAAGCAUCAAUUGGUGGGAAUGCUGGUGGUCUGAUAGAUGGAAUUGGAAAAUCUGAUUGUAGAAACAAUGGAAAGAUUUGUCCAGAAAUAUGGACUAAAGGAGCAAAUCAAACACAAGGAGGAACCGCAUCUACUCCUAAUUUAUAUUAUGAAGGAAGUAUACAAAGACAAUAUUCAUUUUAUGAAGGAAUGUUUGGUAGAAUUAAAGCUUAUAAAAAUGAUAAAAUUAAUAUUGGAGGGAUGGGAGGAAAUGGAUAUUAUAGUGGUGCAACAUUGGAAUAUGCAGGUGGUGGUUCUGGAGGAAGUUCUUUCAUCUCGGGCCACAAAGGAUGCAUAGCAUUGAAUAGUUCAUUAAAUGAAUUUCCAAAUCCAUAUAAUUCAAGUAUUCAUUACUCUGGAUUAUAUUUCACACAAACACAAAUGAUCUCAGGCAAUGAGACAAUGCCAUUAUAUUCAUCGAGUAACUCCAAAGGCAUCGGUAAUAAAAAUGAAGGCUGUAUUCGAAUUACAAUUCUCACGAAAGAUUGCAGUUGUAUUUGUAAUUCAUAUCUUCAUAUGAAUUCUUUUAUUUAUAAUUUCAUUUUUAUUUGUUUUGAUUCGCAGUAA